AUGUCGACUCAAUUUCCAUCGUUCAAGCGGGCCCAUACGGAUCUGCCGGCGCAGUCAUCCAGCCCAUUACGGAACGGCUCAACCGCGUCCACAAACUCCUCCACAUAUUCGGUUGCGUCCAGCUCAUUUGCUCCGAGUCGAACAAGCACGAUCUCAUCCAAUGCGUCGAUUCAGAGCAACCUAGGCCAUCACCGAGGAAAGAGCGAAGCUAGCACCCUAACCAUGGACGCGGCCGGACAAGGAAACUGGGCAAAUGCUGGGUCGACAUAUGAGAACAUUCGUCGAUCCCUACGACCUUUGCAACAGGCACCGAACAAUACCCUGUCUGCUCCCAAGACUGGCGGAUAUCGGCACUCGCGUAGCAACACCGUGGAUGAUCACCAAUACAGCAAGUCAAAUCGGCCCACUACCCCCGAAUCUCAUCAUGUCCACUUCAAGGAGAAUAAGUCGCCUCGCUACAUAUCGCCGCCUGCACUUGAGCCUCAAACACCUCCCAUUGCUGCCUCGCCUCGAAACUGGUCCUCGACUCCAACCCCGGCGACGCCGCUCUCCUCAUCACCACAAAAGACACUCUCCAACAGCCCUCGCCCCCCCACCGCUGACUACCGCUCUAUCUGCACCCGAACUCGAAACUUUCCAAAAAUCAAGGACUUCAAGUUCGGCACGACAACCCCAACGGUCAUUGGCCUACAAGGGCGGCGACGUUUGAAGCGCGCGGACUCGGUUGCUGGAAGAAGUGGUGCCCGGUCGCCAGAGAAGCCCAAAGUGUCCUCAUGGGCGGCAGGUAACUGGAUGGAUCAGCAACGUCAAUUUUUGCAAGCCUACGAGUACUUGUGCCAUAUUGGCGAAGCCAAAGAGUGGAUCGAGCAGGUGAUCGAUAAGCAGAUUCCUCCGAUUGUUCAGCUGGAGGAGGGUUUGCGGGAUGGUGUUACUCUCGCGGAGGUGGUUCAGGCUAUGUACCCAGAUCGGCCUCUGCGCAUCUUUCGCAACCCCAAACUUCAAUACCGCCAUUCAGAUAACAUCGCUCUCUUUUUCCGCUUCCUCGAUGAGGCUCAGUUGCCCGAACUGUUCCGAUUCGAGCUGAUUGAUCUUUACGAGAAAAAGAACAUACCCAAGGUCAUCCACUGCAUUCACGCCUUGUCCUGGCUGCUCUUUAAAAAUGGAAUGCUCGACUUCCGCAUGGGCAACUUGGUCGGCCAACUUGAGUUCGAGCACCAUGAACUCGAGAAAACCCAGAAAGGCCUUGACAAAGCAGGCGUUAGCAUGCCGAGCUUUGCGGGCAUGGCUGCAAACUUCGGCGCAGAGCCUGAGCCUGAACCGGAACCAGUCGAAUCAGAGGAGGAACGUAUUGAUCGGGAGCUUCAUGAAAAUGAAGAUUCAAUUGGAGAUUUCCAGGCUCAAAUAAAGGGAGCGAUGAUGCGCUUGAAGCUCGGGAACACGAUGAAUGAUCUUUGGGACUUCGAGCCUCUGCUCAUUGAGUUGCAAUCGCGCUUGCGUGGAGACUGGGCACGGCAAAUAAGCUCAUAUCGACUCAGCAUGCGCCAGUUUGCAGUCCAGCUCCAGGCAGCCAGCCGCGGAUUUAUCGCACGGCAUCGCCAGAAAGGAGAGAUGCAAUGGCGAAAAGCCCAAGAAUGCGAUAUUCUCGAGUUGCAAAGCCUUAUCCGCGCCUCGAAGGCGCGAGCUCGAACACGCACUUUGCAAUCCCGCAUUCACAAGGAAGAGCAUGGAAUCAAGCAAUUCCAAGCUGCCAUCCGAGGCGCCCUCAGGCGCAAGAAUGUCACCGACCAGUACGAAGAAACGCAUCAUGUCGAAAACGAUGUUUUGAGUCUGCAGGCAGCAAUCCGAGGUGCUCUGCACAGAAAGCACAGAAGCUUGCAAUCACAGGCCCUCGAAGAAGCCAGCGGUCCUGUGAGGUCACUGCAAGCAGCAAUCCGAGGUGCUCUGCACAGAAAGCACAGAAGCUUGCAAUCACAGGCCCUCGAAGAAGUCAGCGGCCCUGUGAGGUCACUGCAAGCAGCAAUCCGAGGUGCUCUGCACAGAAAGCACAGAAGCUUGCAAUCACAGGCCCUCGAAGAAGUCAGCGGCCCUGUGAGGUCACUGCAAGCAGCAAUCCGAGGUGCUCUGCACAGAAAGCACAGAAGCUUGCAAUCACAGGCCCUCGAAGAAGUCAGCGGCCCUGUGAGGUCACUGCAAGCAGCAAUCCGAGGUGCUUUGCAUCGAAAACAAAGGAAUGUGCAAUCGCAAGCCGUUGAAGAAGCCAGCAACCCUGUGAAGUCACUGCAGGCAGUGAUAAGAGGAAAUUUCGCUCGCCAAACCAUUCUCCAAAUAAAAAACUCCCUGAGCAAAGAUGUCUCUGCUAUCACAUCACUGCAGUCCUUUACUAGGGCUCUAGCGGCCAGAAAGCAGCAAUCACAGCUCAUGAACGCCCUCAAAUCCACCGAAAAUGGAUGUAGUCAAUUACAAGCGUUCAUCCGAGGUGCCGCCUCCAGGAACGAUUACUCAGCUCUUCGUUCUGAGCUGGCCCUGCAUACGCCAGCUGUGACUGACCUACAGGGAAUGGUCAGGGGUAAGGCUAUGAGACAAGCCCUGGAGUCACAACGAGCAGCGUUAGCAGAUCAAGAGAGUAUAAUCUUGGACUUGCAGUCAAGGGCUCGGGCUACCCUUCUGCGUAAGGACCUGGAUGCCGACCAACAAGCUCUGCAGAAAGAAGAACUUUCCAUUGUGGAUCUCCAAGCUCUUGCUCGUGCAGCCAUCUGCCGAAUUGAAGUUGGCAGCAUUCUUUCCCGGCUGGAAGAACAUGAAGAGGAUGCUGCGAAGCUCCAAGCAUUGGCUCGCGCUAUGCUUGUUCGAGUCGAGGUUGGCAACAUGUUGGCUGACCUUGAAGAGGAUGAGGACAUCAUUACUGAUAUCCAAGCCCGCAUCAGGGGCAUGGUCAUUCGCAACCGCUUCGAGGAGAGACGCCGUUACUACAACGAGAAUAUGGAGAAGGUGAUCAAGGCUCAGAGUGUCAUCAGAGGCCGCAUUCAAGGUCAGGCUUAUAAGAGUUUGACCAGCGGCAAGAACCCGCCUGUUGGAACCGUUAAAGGCUUCGUACAUCUCCUCAACGACAGCGACUUUGACUUUGAUGAAGAGAUCGAGUUUGAGCGCUUGCGAAAAGUCGUGGUCCAACAAGUCCGACAAAAUGAGGAGGCGGAGCAGUAUAUCAGCCAGCUGGAUAUUAAGAUUGCCCUCCUUGUCAAGAACAAGAUCACGCUUGAUGAAGUUGUCAAGCACCAAAAGCAUUUUGGAGGACACAUUGGCAACUUGCUGUCCAACACCGAAAUCUCCUCGAAGGAUCCAUAUGAUCUUAAGGCGUUGAACAAGACGUCAAGAAGAAAGCUGGACCAGUAUCAAGUAUUCUUCUUCCUCCUUCAGACACAAUCCCAAUAUCUAGCCCGCCUGUUCCGUCGACUUCGCGAGAUCAACACCUCAGAUAAGGAGUAUGAGAGAAUCAGGCUCCUGAUCAUGGGUCUUUUCGGAUACUCGCAAAAAAGACGUGAAGAAUACUACCUUGUCAAACUCAUCGCUCGCUCGGCCAAGGAGGACAUUGAGAACUUUGCCUCCUUUCCCGAGUAUCUGCGCUCUACUUCCUUCUGGAACAAGCUGUUUGGUUCAUACGCAAAGUCACCCCGAGACCGAAAGUUUAUGCGCGAUGUUAUGGGCACCAUGGUGAAAGAGUCCAUUAUUGCAAACCCCGACCUUGAUCUCGAGAGUGACCCGAUCCAGAUCUACCGAUCUUCUAUCAACAAUGAAGAGCUCCACACGGGUCAACGUAGCCGUCGCCCCGCAGACCUUCCCCGGGAAGAAGCGAUCAGAGAUCCCGAAACUCGCGAGACUUUCAUCCAACAUUUGCAAGAUCUGCGCGACCUUGCCGAUCAGUUCUUCACAGCCUUCGAAGAUUUCCUCUACCGGAUGCCUUUCGGGACCAGAUAUCUUGCCCAGCAAAUGUAUGACAAUCUCAUCGCACGUUUCGCGGAUGAGGACCCAGGAUUUAUACUGCAAACCGUCGGCCAUUGGCUCUGGAAGAAUUAUUUCCAACCUGCAAUGCUCGAGCCAGAGAAAUAUGGCGUUGUGGAUCGCGGCUUGACGCAGGAACAAAAGAGAAAUCUCAGCGAGAUCGCUAAGGUGGUUGCGCAGGUCGCUUCCGGAAGACUCUUUGGGGCGGAGAAUGUCUACCUUCAACCUCUCAACUCCUAUAUCGGCGAGUCAAUACAACGGCUAGGCCGCAUCUGGGGCCAAGUGAUCUCCGUCCAAGAUGCAGAGUCCUACUUUGACAUCGAUGAGUUCAAUGAUCUUUACGCCAAGGCCAAACCGACAUUGUAUAUUAAGAUGUCCGACAUCUUCUCCAUUCAUCAACUCGUGGCCUCAGAGAUCGAGUUCAUGUGCCCGAACCCCGAUGACAUUCUCAAGCAAUUUGUCCGAGAGCUUGGCAAUGUGAAGCGUAACGAGAGCGAACUGAUGGGCGUCAGCACUACUGAGAUCAAUCUUACGCUGAACCCGAAAUUAGCCCAGAUGGAAGACCCAGAGGCCGAAAUCAAGGCACUCUUCAUGGAGACCAAGCGAUGCAUCCUUUACAUUAUACGUGUCCAGACCGGUGCCAACCUUAUGGACAUCAUGGUCAAAUUGCCUAACGAUGAAGAUGAGGCAAGGUGGCAGACCUUGGUUCGGGAGGAGCUGCACACCAAUAACCCUCGACGUGGCGCUUACGGCGAGGCUAGCAGUUUGGUUGACAUUGGCUCAAUGACCUACUCCGAGCUCAAGAGCACUGCUCUCGAGAACAUUCUUCGUCUGGAGCAGGCUGGCAAGAUCUCUCGACACAACCAUUACCAGGACCUCCUGAAUGCGAUUGCUAUCGACAUUCGCACAAAGCACCGCCGGCGUAUUCAACGAGAGCGUGAGCUGGAAGGCGCACGUCUCACAUCCACCCGUCUCAAUGACCAAGCCCUCUAUCUGGACCAGCAGCUCAAGACCUACAACGACUAUAUUGAACAGGCCAUGAUCACACUCCAGAACAAGAAAGGCAAGAAGCGAUUCCUGAUGCCUUUCACCAAGCAAUGGGAUCACCAAAGAGAGCUUCAGAAAUCUGGGAAAGUGUUCAAGUUUGGGUCCUACAAGUACUCUGCUCGCACUCUGGCCGACCGAGGUGUCUUGGUUGCUUGGAAGGGCUACUCUGAGCGCCAGUGGGAUCGCGUGGACCUGACUAUCUCCAGUAACGAAGUUGGAGUGUUCACACUUGACGGUAGCAGUGGCAACAUGAUGGUGCCCGGUGCCAAUGCGCAGAUCCCCUUGGAUGACUUGCUCCAAGCGCAGUUCAACAACACACAGUUCAUGGACUUUUUCGAGGGUCAGAUGCGCGUGAAUGUGAACCUGUUCUUGCAUUUGAUCAUGAAGAAGUUCUACAAUGAGUGA